AAAGUCUGCAGAUAUACUACAAGAAAUGGUAAGAGACUGCAGACAUACUAUGAGAGAUUGUUAGAGACUGCAGACAUACUACAGGAGAAGGUCAGAGACUGCAGACAUACUACAGCAAAGGAUCAGAGACUGCAAAAACACUACAGGAAAUGGUCAGAGACUGCAAACAUAGUACAGGAGAGGAUCAGAGACUGCAGACAUAUUACAGGAGAUGGUCAGAGACUGCAGACAUACUACAGGAGAUGGUUACAGACUGCAGACAUACUACAGGAGAGGAUCAGAGACUGCAAACAUACUACAGAUGGU